GUGGGCUCAGCAGCGCUACGUCAGCACUGACACGGAAACAUGGCGGCGUCUGAAGCACGGCGGGGAACUGCUUACGUGAUGUUAUCGCUGCUAGCUUUUCUUAUCGCGCUGCUGUGUCACCGAGGCGUCGCGGAUGUGUCGGACGGUGUUGCCGCCACUACGGACGAGGCUCCACACCGUCGCUUCGAGUACAAAUACAGCUUUAAAGGGCCGCACUUGGUCCACCAAGACGGCGGGAUCCCCUUCUGGAUUCACUCUGGCAAUGCUAUUCCCAGUGCCGACCAGGUCCGCAUCACGCCGUCCCUCAAGAGUCAAAGGGGCAGCGUUUGGACCAAGAACAAGGCGGCUUUUGAACACUGGGAAGCUGAGGUGACGUUCCGUGUGUCCGGAAGAAGCAGGUCGGGAGCCGAUGGUUUGGCGAUCUGGUUCACCGAGGCCCAAGGCCUAGAUGGUCCAGUGUACGGCGCAGCUGACAAGUGGAACGGGGUCGGGAUUUUCUUUGACUCCUUUGACAACGAUGGAAAGAAAAAUAACCCGGCUAUCAUUGUUAUGGGAAACAAUGGCAACCUUGUUUUUGACCACCAAAAUGAUGGCAGUACACAAGCUUUGGGGACAUGUUUGCGUGACUUCCGCAACAAGCCCUAUCCCGUCCGAGCCAAAUUAACGUACUACCAGAAGACCUUGACGGUUAUGAUCAACAACGGUUUCACCCCGGAUAAAGACGACUAUGAGUUCUGUGCAAAAGUGGACAACAUGGUCAUUCCUCCUGAGGGCUUCUUUGGCAUCUCUGCGGCAACCGGCGGUUUAGCAGAUGACCACGACGUCCUGUCCUUCUUGCUGUUCAGACUCACAGAACCAGGCAAGACGCCGCCCAAACCUGAGACUGAGAUUCCUAAAGAAGAGAAGGACAAGUACCAGGAGGAAUUCCAGAACUUUCAGCAAGAGCUAGUCAAAAAGAAAGAGGAGUUCCAGAAAGAGCACCCUGAUGUUCAAGGAGAACCAAUCGAUGACCUGUAUGAGAGCGUCAACGACCGAGAGAUCCGUCAGGUGUUCGAAGGCCAGAACCGCAUCCACCUGGAGAUCAAGCAGCUCAACCGGCAGCUCGCUAUGAUUCUGGACGAGCAGCGACGCUACGUGUCCGUCAUCACCGAGGAAAUCUCCAAGAAGGGAUCGAACAGCGGGACAGGGCAGCUGGACGCGUCCACUCAGCAGCUGGCCACCGUGGUCUCCUCCCAACAGGAUAUCCUCAGGAACCUCAACGAGUUUAGGAACUCUUUCUACGAAUCGCUGAAGCAGAUCGGCUCGGCCCAGCACCAGGUCGCCCCGCCGGGCGGGGUGGGCUACGACAGCAUUCAGCAUUUCAACAACAUCAAGGAGGACCUGCACUUGGUCCGCCGUGACUUGGAGCACCUGGUCCAGCGCAGCGCUCAGAACCCGGCUGAGAAGGCCAUAAAGUGCCCCGAGUUGCCUCCUGUACCUUCCUGCUUGUCCACUGUCCAUUUUGUCAUCUUCAUCGUGGUCCAGUCGGUUCUCUUCUUGUGCUACAUCAUGUACAAAAGCCAACAGGAAGCAGCCGCCAAGAAGUUCUUUUGAUGACAAAUUAAUUUAAUAUAAAAAUGAGGGAUGUCCAUUUCGGGUCUUUUUUUUUUGCCUUGAUUUUUUUUUUUUUUUAAUUUUAAGUUAUUAUAGCAGGAAAAAAAAUGGGUUUUCGUGAAGAAUUCAGUUUUAAUCAAUCUUAAUUUUGGGAUGGUGAUUGUUGUUUACAACGUAGGAGACACGGCUUGACCAAACCUGACAGUAUUUUCACUCGCUCACAAAGUUUGGAUUUUUCUUCCAAGAAGUCUGCUUCCGUUUGUUCCAGCUUUCAAUAACAAACCUGUUUUUUUUUUUGGUUUUUUUUUUUGGAAAUGUGCAAUUUUGUAUGAAUAAACUUGUCAGAAUCUGACAUUUGCUGGAAGAAAUCCCUAAAUAUACGACAAAAGCGGGUCUACUCAUGGUUUGACUUUUUGUCAUUAGUCUAUGAAGCGACCCAACCGCAGCGUAGACCAAUCAUCUCACUUCAUUUCUAGGGAGAUUUCCUAGAGCGAUGCGGCCUAAAAAAAGCACUGCUGCCAAGUAGCUUCAUCAAAGUCAUGGGUCAGAUACUUUUGCACGUGGGAUAUGUGCAUGCAUAAGCAUAAGAUGUAUUAUUUUUAAUAAAUUUGAUACAUUUUUUUAAAA